UCGGGCGCCGUCAUUGGACUUGUCUCGAGUGGCGACCCCGUCUCGUCGCUCACCACCCGCACUGGCCAGGCCGCGCUGGCCUCAUGCACCUACAUGCUGCCACCACCACGCCAAGAUUCUUCAACGUACAUUUCAUUUUCCAAUCGGCGAUCAAGUACUACUACUGCUGUCAUGAGCUUCCCGACGCUGAUCCUGCACACCAACAAGGCUGGCGUGCGCACACCGCGCCAUUGCAGCUUUCCGCAGUGCGCCAAGGUGGCCAAGGCCCGCGGCUUUUGCAUUGCGCACGGUGGCGGCAAGCAGUGCUCGGUCGAGAAUUGCUCCACGAGCGCCGUGAGCCGCGGCCUUUGUGUCGCCCAUGGCGGCGGCAAACGCUGCGCGUCCGAAGGCUGCGAUAAGAGCGCGCAGACGGGUGGCCACUGCUGGAUCCACGGCGGCGGCAAAAAGUGCAACAUCGACGGUUGCGUCAAGCGGGCGCAGAGUGGCGGCUGCUGUAUCGCCCACGGCGGUGGCAAGCGCUGCAGCGUCCUCGGGUGCCACAAGGUCGUCCAGUACUCGGGUCUUUGCGUUGGCCACGGCGGGUACCGCCAGUGCACCUCCGGUGCGUGCCAUCGGCGGUCUCUCGCCAACGGUCGGUGCCGGCGCCAUCGCGGCGCCAACUACUGCCAGCUUUGCAGUUGCAAGCUCAAGUCGGGUGAUGGCCUUUUGUGCGAGGCUCAUGCAACGUUGUCGCCGAUUCAGGCUACGUCGCCGACAUCUUCGUCCUCAUCGGAGCCGCUUUCACCAAUGCUGCAGUCGCCGACAUCCGUGAGCAUGCUCCAGUCACUUCUCGGACGGACGUGCCUCGUCUCGGGCUGCCAUCGCUUUGCCAAGAUCCAAGAUCAGUGCCUCCAGCACGCGACGAACGAGUAGUUCCGCCUCUAGAUAACAUUAUAUUAACUAUCGACAGCUAUCUAUCUUGUAC